CGUCCCCUGCCUUGAUUUUCGCUUUGAAUCUUCAAAGUUUGUUUCUGGGGCUCUUGCACAAUGGAAAGGUGCCAAGAUCCUGGAGCUCACCAUAUUCUUCUCCUCUGAUGAUCCUUUGAUCCCAUCUACUGAUAUUGAUUCGUGGCUGCUUUUUGCUAUCGAAAAACAAGUGGAAAAGCUAUCUUUUGGUUUCGGAAUUAUAUAUGAUGUUGCAUACUUCCUUCCACAGUGUUUGCAUUCAUGCUCAUCAAUUACAAAAUUAUCCCUAUACUGUUGUUCGUUCAAAAUCGAGAGGAAUGUGCAGUGGAAUAAUCUCAAGAGUUUAAAAUUGGUGACUACGGAUGGGUUGAGACUGUUGAGUGGUGAUUCCAUGAAUCAAAUUCUUGUGGGUGCUCCUCGCUUGGAAAAGUUGGUUUUGCGGUAUUUUCAAUUUGCUGAAAACUUCAAUAUCCGAUCUACUAAGCUUGAUGAUUCUCGAAGUCAGCCAGUGUAAUCUAAAGGCUGAGGCAGAGCUAAGAAUUUGGGCUCCUAAUCUAUCGAGUUUAGAAAUUUCAGGUCUUGUUUGUUGUAGUUGUUUGCUAUAUGUCCCUUCUUUAACUACUGCAACUCUUUCUUUUAAAGAUUUAAGUGGUGAAUUUGGAGAAAUUGAUCGUGAGGACAUGGCGCCUCUUGAAAUGUUCCAUCAAGUUUUUCGAAGCAUCCGCCAUGUUGAGAAUGUCUUUUUGUCAGAUUGGAGCAUUCAGUUUCUUGUUGACAUGAAGGCGAACGAUAUGCUUGUUCAAUUCCCGAAUGCUGAGUUUCUUGAACUAGAAUUUUAUAGCUACCGGGUGCCUGUUAUUCUUGCUGUUCUCGGCAUGUUUCCUAAGCUGAAGAUGUUAAUUGUUCGUCAGUAUGAUUAUAUGUAUGAGUCGGUGGCGUCUGAGAUGGUUUCCCUUAGUCCCUCUCUGCUUCAUCUUGAGACAGUUAAGAUUUACAUACAUGACAAAGAAUUCUCAAUAUCUCCAUUGGUAGAAUAUGUGUUGGAAAACGCUGAGGUGCUUGAGGAGAUGGUGCUUCAACCCUACCUGCUUCUACCCUACGGGGAGGAAAAUAACAAAGAGGCCUUUAUUUUGGAUUUAAAGAAGCUCUUGGGAAUGUGGAGAUCUUCCCCUUAUGCAAAGCUGAUUGUAAACGAGGUUAUGGUGGAGUAAUUAAUUAUCUCAUUCAUUUUGAACGAAACUCGUGUUUUGGUUAGUGAUAUC